GACGAGGUGAUGUCGAGAAGUAGCGUCGGUGGAUUUUCCUGAAACGAAUCGCGUCAGAUCAAGUGCAUCGUGCGUAAAACGAAUCUUCACCGAUACUAAAUUCUCUCUUGUCGUGGAUAAAUUCCUUCGCACAAUCGACAUAAGUGUCUGGUCUUGGACCAUCCCGCGUAAUAAUCGAUACCGCGUUGUUCGAUUUCCGUGACCCCACUGGGAAAUUGAGAAACUGCAGUUUGCACCGUGGAGAAUAAAAAUCUUCGGUGUGACUAAUACUAAUGCUGCUUCCCUGAAAAAACUAUCGGGAACAAUUGAUACAGAGGGAAGUUCUGAUCGGGAACAACACAUUCUUUUCUCACGUGUAUUCCACGUGUCACAGAAUGUAAUAAUAACAAAAUUGGAGAUUGCAUCGCGAUUUUUACACUAGUGCUAUACGUGCUAUAGUGAGUCACGCAACGUAUAUAUGGUGUUGAUACUGACAAACAGAUAAAAGUUCUGCUGAAAAUCUCAAUCAACAAAGACGCACUAAUCACAAUUUUAUCCAUGAUCAUGCAUCCGAUCAUAAUAUUACUGUCGACAUUGGUGGCUUUCGUCAUUGCAGAGAGCAUUCUAAUGACAGAGGUCUUUGUUAUUCCCAUCAGACCCGAGACUUUUGACUGGAGUACAGAUGGAUAUUCGGAUCAAUUUUCGUAUCAACCGUCCUUGCUGAAUGCCCCCGAUCUCCCGUCAUGGAUACAUUACACCUACAGCAAGAAGGAUCAUCACGGUUUUUUAUAUGGCGUCGCACCCAAAGAUCAAAAGUAUUUUCAGCUAGAGAUCGUGGGGUUGAACAAGCAUACCUACGAAACUCGUUACAAAGUACUCGAUAUGAACGUACUUGAGAGAGAAAAUCUGACAAAGUACGAAGUGCACCUGAAAAUCGAUAAUCUCAACGUCGAGGACAUGUUCAUCCAAAAUCGUACUCAAAAGCUCCUCGAUAUAUUCAGAAAGAAACUGUGGAAAGGCGCUGCGGACUUGUACGUCACUUUUUUGGCGUCUGCGAUUGAGCUCGGAGCUCGUUUACCUCUAAAGCCAAGCGAAGGUGAAGGAGUCGUCGUGAGACUGGGUAGUACUGUACCGUUCUCGCAGGAAUUGAACGAAUUGCAGGAGGAAGUCAAGCCGUUAUGGAAAAUGCCAUUGUGCCCCAGAGAUUUCAAGAGAACCAGCGUAGAGAUACUUUUCCGAGAGGCUGAGUUCAGAUUGGAUUGGUGUUCCUUCAGAUUACUAGAGGAAGAUCAACAGAGUCUACAGCAUGAGAGCGCCCGAAGAGGCCCUAGCGCAAACGUCGUGGAUCUGCUCUCUUCGGGCAUUUCCGAGCAUACAGAAUGGCGGUGGGCCCAUUCAACGAAAGCUAGCAUACCCACUAGAAGUUAUUUCAAGGAAAUCGCCACUACGAUUUUCGUACCAGUUGGACUGCUUCUCGUGUUGGGCGCCUUUCUUAGCACCGCUUUCUGUCUGCAUCACGAGAAAAUGACAGAUCCGGAGUCCGAUGAAUAUUUCGAUGAACUGUUUAAUAUUUUUCUUUUGAGAGAACAACCUGUCAGAGAGAAGCGGGAAUCUACGCCAGGAGAAGCAGUUGGAAACAAUGGAAUACAAAUGGUGCAUUAUGCUAUGCCGGAGAGAAGUACUCUGAAGUCGUUGUCAGCUCAACCAUCAAGUCCAAACGAUUCUCUAUCACAAAGUCCAAGAAUUUCCGGUGAACGCUGCAACCCAUACAUUCGUCCAAAUCCGCCGCCCUACGCCGGACCAAGUAACUUUGCUGGUCUACGUGCCGAUUUCUGACUACACGAGCAGCCCGCGAAAACUUGGUUUUGCUAAGUCAAAUAUAGUUCGCGGGCGGCUUUCAACUUAAUGUUCCGAGAAAGGUAUGAGCCGAGUAUUGCAAACUCAUCGAAAUCGACUCCAAAUUAGCAAGUUGAAUCACAUCAAAUACGCACGUCGCUUAUUAUCGGUAAUCAUAAAAUAUUAUAAACAUGUAUUGCGUCAUACCUUUCCGAACAAUAUAUCAGCAGUUUAUGUUACGAUAUAUUAAUGUGUUUGGAAAAUCGAUUUGAAUAAAAAAAAAAUUUUUUUUCGAAAUUUACAAUUCCAAUAAUAGAAUAGAAUAAAUAGGAUAGAGAUGCAUUGCGAUUAUACAGGAGAGUAUUCUUUCCAGCAUUGUGUCCAGUUACUUGCAUUAGUGUAAAAUAAAUAUUGUGUAACACAUACGAGAUUAUACUUUAUAAUAACUAUAGCGAAGUUCAUAUUGAUGAAAUAAA